GGUUAUUAGAGUUCAAAUUUAUAGUUCAAUUCGUCCUAAUUGACUAAAUCCAUUAACGUGAUGCUUCCGGUCAUUUAAGUCGCUGCCGCUGCUGUGAUUGGCUCGUAUUUGUCAUCACUUUCAGUGAAAACCAAUCAACAAGGAGUUUAGCACGUCCCAAUCCUUCCUUUUGUGUUUUGGAUGGGUUACUACAACGCGUGUUCACGCUGGUAACGUCAGUGCUCACUUCCUGUUGUGAUAACAAGACAUUAUCUGCCCACCAGCUCCGGUCAACCGGAACACAGCAACAACAACAGACGGACAAUGUCGUGCCUUAUACUGAAGCUGACAACUGUGGAGCUCCUGCUCUUGUGUUUCCGUCUUCAGACAGGAAUACUUGGACAUGAAAACGGGCCAGAUGUCGUCACGGUGAUCGUGAAACAAGGAAGUGACGUCAUUUUACCAUGUUCACUCAGCACCAAGGAGAGAAUCACGUCAAAGCUGUUUGACUGGAGGAAAGAUGGUCAGGAGGUGUUCCUUUAUGAUGCAGGCAUUCAUUACAAUAACGGUCGUUCAGGUCAACAUGACCAGUUCAAAGGAAGAGUCUCACAUUUUCCAGGAGAACUGAAGUCCAGCAACGCCUCCAUCAUUAUCCAAAAUACAAGGAUGGAGGACGGUGGAAACUACACCUGUGACUUUCCACGUCUUCAGCCAAGACAAAUAUUCCACAUUAAGCUUGUUGUUGAACAAACCUUUAAAGACAGAUCAGGAGAAAUCACAGGUGCAGCUUCAAAGCCGUACAUCACUAUAGUUAAUGUCUCAGAGGACGGGGUGCAGCUCAAGUGUGUAGUUCGAGGUGCUUUCCCACAGCCGAAGCUACACUGGCAGGACAGUGAUGGAAACGUCCUUCCUGCUGAGGAGCCACAGGUCUCUGAAAGAGGAGGUCAUUACAAUGUGAGCCUCUACAGUACUGUGACCUCGACUACAACCAACCGCUUCAGCUGUGUGGUCAAACAGGAGAAUAUCAGCCAUAUUGUUAACGCUGAGAUCACUUUACUAGAUAAACUGUUUGAGGACAAGUCCUGCCCAGUAGCCGGUGCGUUGAUAGGUGGAUGGUUUUCUGGAGCUCUAACUGUUGCUGCAGUUUGGGUUCUGUUUAAAAUUGCAAAGUACAUCAUGAAACACCGCAAGAAAGAUUCUCCUCAGACAAAUGGGUCUUAUACCGUUCCCUCAAUGCAGCCACUUAAUCCACCUGUCUGAUGACUUUACAUCAGAAAACACUAAAGACCCAACUCUUUCAUGAACAACUCUGUGCUUAAUGUGCUGUAGGUAGAGAAAAGACAAAAAGACAAAAAAACCCCUGCAAUCUCUACUCUGUGCAUUGCCUUGUUGCACUGCCUGUUUGCAUCUACAUGCUAUCAGGCCCAAACUUGCAUCAAAUUCAAAACCCUGACACUUGCUUACAAAAUAGCAACUAAAACGGCU